CAUGGCUUGUUUGUGUCACGAUCUUGAUCACCGUGGCAAGAAUAACGCUUAUAUGAAAUCGAUGAGCAGUCCCCUGGCAUCAAUUUAUUCAACAUCGGUAAUGGAACAUCAUCAUUUCAACCAAACUGUCAUUAUUUUACAACAGGUUGGACAUAAUAUUCUGAAGUCUUUCUCCUCAGAGGAAUACAAGGAGAUAUUGGGCAUAAUUAAGCACUGCAUAUUAGCCACUGAUCUGGCGGUGUUUAGUAACAAUAAAAUGGAACUGGAAGCAAUUCUAACUGAUGGUACCUUUAAUUGGGAGAAUACGGAUCACCGACUUUUAAUGGAAGCUAUUCUGAUGACUGGCUGCGAUCUGAUUGCGGCAUCGAAACCGUGGCCUGUUCACACGGAAGCCGUAAAAGUAAUAUUCGAGGAAUUUUAUGAACAGGGAGAUGAGGAAAGAAGAAAUGGACAAGAACCUAUUGCAAUGAUGGAUCGAAAAAAGGCAAACGAGCUGCCUCAGAUGCAAGUAACUUUCAUGAAGCAUAUCUGCGUCCCGUGUUAUGAGCUGAUCGUUACUGUGAUUCCCGAAUGUCAACAGUUGCUUGACCGCUGUUUGUACAACAUGAAAAAGUGGCAGGAAUUGGCUGAUGAGCAAAAAAAAGCGGAACUUGAGGAAGAUUAAUUGAACGAUCUUGCUACGUAUUUGUAUGUAAAUCAAGAAUAAAAGGCGUCAACUGUUCCAAGAAAUACAAGAAACUUGUAGCAUGAUAGAAAUCGAUGUUUCAUUAUAGCUGCGUCCUUAGUGAUGAAUAAAG